AUGGGUUUAAUAGGAAUGAUAGGCACCACUGCUGGUGUUCAUCGUUUAUGGACUCACAAAGCUUAUAAGGCAAAAUGGCAGCUUAGAACUAUACUUGCUAUUUUCUAUGCUUCAGCAGGCAUGUAUAACAUUUAUGAAUGGGUACGAGAUCAUCGAAUACAUCACAAAUACACGGAUACGAAUUCAGAUCCGCACAAUAGUAACCGAGGAUUCUUUUUCUCCCAUGUUGGUUGGUUGAUGAUGAAGAAACAUUCAGAUGUAAUUGAAAAGGGUCGUCAAAUUAACAUGAGCGAUAUAUUGGCUGAUCCUAUUGCUGUAUUUAGUAUCAAAUAUUUCUCGAUAUUAAGAUUUACGUUUGCUUUCCUGCUUCCGGUAAUGUUACCUGUGUAUGGAUGGAAUGAGACUUGGUCUAGAGCUUUCGCAUCGCAGAUUAUUCGUUAUGUAAUCCUUUUAAAUUUUAUAUGGAGCGUCAACAGUGCGGCUCAUAUUUGGGGUUCAAAGCCAUAUGAUGCGCACAUAAAUCCAACAGAGAACCGAUGGGUCAACUUUUUUGUUUGUGGUGAAGGAUGGCACAAUUACCAUCAUGUCUUUCCGUGGGACUACAAGGCUUCCGAAUUUAACAAUUCCAUAACCACAAAUUUCAUCAAUUUUUUUGCAAAAAUUGGGUGGGCGUAUGAUCUCAAACAACCGUCGCAAGAGUUUGUAAAGACUGUCGCGAUGAAAAAGGGUGAUGGAAGCCAUUCUUUAUGGAAUGCUGUACCAGAUCCAGCUUGUAAAACUGAAUAA